AUUAACGCAUCCGCUGCGCCCGAACCGGACUGAAUAUGGCGAGCACCGAGCAAAGCGGGUCUUCAAAAAACUUUCACACACCCGCGCCAAGUGGAUCAGAGCAAUCGGGCGCAAGAUGGGGUCCACAGCAUGCCGGUGCUCGAGAGCUUGCGGAGUUAUACUCGCCAGGAAAAAGAUGUCAGGAAUGGAUCAGUGUGCUUCUUUGCUUUACCCUCAUGGCCUUCAACUUUUGUUACCUGGUAACAUACUUCCACCUGGGACACUCCUGGUACAUCCUCCUGGGCAUCGUGGCAGGGAUCCUCACAGCAGACUUUGCAUCUGGUCUGGUCCACUGGGGUGCUGACACAUGGGGUUCGGUGGAUCUGCCCAUUGUUGGGAAGGCCUUCAUUCGUCCGUUUCGAGAGCACCACAUUGACCCAACAGCUAUAACACGCCAUGAUUUCAUUGAAACCAAUGGUGAUAACUGUAUGUUGACCAUCGUCCCUCUGGCUAACAUGGCUGCAAACUUCCUGAUGCUCUCACCAGCUGAAAUCUAUCGAAACUACCCCUGGUACUGUUACGUCUUUGCUGUAGCCAUUUUUGUUACAUUGACCAAUCAGAUUCACAAAUGGUCGCACACAUAUUUUGGGCUCCCACGCUGGGUGGUGCUCCUGCAGGACUGUCACAUCAUUUUACCACGAAAGCACCACAGAGUUCACCACGUUGCACCUCAUGAAACCUACUUCUGCAUUACCACAGGCUGGUUGAACUACCCAUUAGAAAAACUGGGAUUCUGGAGAAACCUGGAAGACCUGAUCCAGAGCUUGACAGGAGAGAAACCCAGAUCAGAUGACCUCAGAUGGGCCCAUAAAACCAAGUAAACUUCCUCUGCCACCUCCCCUACCUCAGACCUGCUUCUAGGAGAACAACCUUCUUUUUCUCCAUCAGUUUGUCCUUGCCUCAGACAGAACAAGAGCGGCAAAGAUCUCAAUGCCCAAAUCAGAAAGCCAUCAAUUUCUAGCAAACGUUGAGGGAAAGAGGGUUGGCAAAGCGAUCGAAAGCAAUAUCCCAACAUCAUCGCCCCCCCCCAGCUCACUCUAAAGAUCCAACACAUCCAAAUCCUUAUUGAAAACUUGAGACUUCUGUGAAAUGUUUAAAACUCUUCAAAGUGCAAAAAAAAAAAAAAAAAAAA